CACUUCGACUCUUAAAGUACCUUCCAGGAUGACUCGUAUCGCAAUCGUUACUGGCGCUGCACAGGGCAUCGGCGAGGCCGUCGCCCUUCGUCUUGCCGUCGAUGGACUCGACGUCGUGGUCAGUGACCUGCCUGCAAAACGCGAACAGCUGGCCUCGCUUGUGAAGCGCAUCGAAACCACUGGACGACGUGCUAUGGCUGUUGAAGCCGAUGUCUCUGAAGAACAGGAUGUCAUUGCCCUGAUUGACAAGACGGCGGAGGCCUUUGGUGGGCUCGACGUGAUGGUCGCGAAUGCGGGAAUUUGCAUGUUCAAGCCAAUGUUCGACAGUACGCCAUCCGUUGAUGACCUGAAUACCAUUCUAUCAAUCAAUGUACGCGGGGUUAUGCUCUGCUACAAACAUGCCGCUAUGCAGAUGGUUAAGCAGGACCGCGGCGGUCGAAUCAUCGGGGCGUCCUCGGGGGCAGCGAAGAAGGCUAUUCCCAAUAUGGCCGCCUACAGUGCUUCCAAAUACGCCGUGCGCGGUUUGACGCAAGCGUGUGCGGCUGAGUGGAGAAAGCACAAGAUCACGGUCAACACGUACGCACCGGGCAGCAUUCUAACGCCGAUGGUUUUGCAUCCUGACGAUGAGAAGAACGGUGGCCCUGCUUCCACUGCUAAAUUGGCUACCGGUCUACCGCUCGAUACGCCGGACGCGGAGCCGGUCGUCAUUGCCGACUUCGUCUCAUACCUCAUUCGCCCUGAGUCUUAUCACAUCACCGGUAGGACCACAGACUCGGUGUAUGAUCGUUGCUUUGCUGAACAGAACUCUUCAGGUCAAUCCGUGAACAUCGACGGCGGGCUGAACUAUGACUGAAUGAGAUUUGCCGGCCAACGUCUCGAGCGGAAUCUUCUUUCAGUACUGUGCCCACAU